AUGGGCAACAAAGAAAGUCAAUUUAAUGGAAGAAGUGAUGAUAUUAAAACUAGUCAAGUAUUGGAUUCUAAUUUUGUAAAAUCUUUUGUUGAAUUGAGUGAUGAAGAUGAUAAUUUAGGUUGGGAAAAGUUUCAGAUUAUUAGUAUUUUAACAAAUAUUCGACAAUAUCGUUUACUUUCUGGUUUAUAUGACAAAGCUUUACGUGUUUCGAAAAAAGAUGAUAAUUUUUUUGGUCAACAACUUUCAUUGUCUUUAAUUUGUGAUAAUCGAUAUUCUAGAGCAACAAAAAUGUUACAAAAAUGUAUUUUGCAAAAAGAGGAAGAGGAAAACAACCAAAAUAAAUUUGAUGAAAGUUUAAUUACUGAAUAUUUACAUUUGGCCCGUUUACAAAUUGAACAACUUGGAGAUUUGGAAUUAGGUUUAUUUUAA